AUGUCUUCCGCGCGAGGCGCUGCGGGCGCCGUUAAACCUAAGCUCCACAACGUGAAUAGUAUCUACGCGGGCAAGAAUCAAAACGCCGUCAAGGCGCCCGGUGUGGGCAAGCAUGGUGGACUUCAAAGUCUUGGUAAAACAACAGCGGUGGUACGUCGUAUGCCACCACCAGCCACGUUACCUUCGCUGAGAGCAGAAAGUCAAGGACAAGAUCCUAAUAUCGCACUUGUGCCACAGGGUGGCACUGGUUGGGCCAAAGGGGAUACAGGCACAACAAAUGGCCAAACAGCAGAUUUUCAUUCGGUAGUAAAGUCGUCAGUCAACUUGACGGGAUCCACAUCAACAACAACAGCCACAUUAAGUACAUUAAGCGGAAUAAGCAGCGGCAGCGGACCGCAUACAGCCGAUUUACGACCAACAUGGGCGAAACAACCGAAUGUUGCAGAAGCGCAAGCAGCAGCACUGCAGAAUGCAAAUACAGUAUCGGCCUCAUCGAGGGAUUUCCCAUCACUUGCGGCUGCUACUGCAACCAUUGCAAAACAGUCCAGCAAUGCUUUAACCGAAAGUCUCAAGCCACAGAAGUCUGGAAGUUGGCGUGCCGGAGGCAGUUCAGCAGUAUCACGAAACGAAGGGGAUGUACCACAGGUGACGCUACAUUCGCACUCGGGACCAUCUUAUUUAUCUGCUACUGUAACUGCACGUAUUGCAGAAAGACAGUUGCCCUCUCGUUACUACGAUACAACAGCAGUGCCACCACCACCACCUCCAAAUGGUACAUUCCAAGUGCCGAAACUUCAACCAGUUGUGUCUGUUUCCAGUUCAGGUCCUUUGGAAACAUUAAACAGUCAUUCAUUACUAAAAGAAAACGUGCCAAUACGAAAAACAAGUUGUCCAUGCACAACAACUGUUCCUUUAACAACGCCUCAGUAUCCAGCAAACAUAGCAGUUCCACCUCCAAAUUACUCUCGACCACCACCAAGUUAUGUUCUAGCACAGACGGAUUCUGCACGAAGCGAGUCAAAUUAUGGUGCACACUUGCAGCCAUCCGAAAACGGAACAGAUGGAAAGCAAGUACAGCCGAAAAGUGGACUUGGCGAAGAAGGUUGCGGCAAUCGAAGAUAUUUGGAAAAAGUGAAAGACGGUGUUAUGCUCGAAACUCAAAUAACAGUAUCAAGUGAUAUUCAGCCGAAUUAUGCUCGUAGGGUGAUGUGUGAUAAUCGAGGUGUUGAUUUCGACGGAUUCACCUCUAGAGGUAACAACGAGUGGCAGAGUACUACAUAUGGUAGUAACGAUGAAGAAACUCACAGAUGGCUUCACACUAUUAGCUGUUCUGGUCAGGAAUCGCAGCAGUGUGCUCCAGAAUUCUCACAGAAUGGUUAUACUCGUGAUCGCGACGAAGAGUUGGGUCGCAGGCAGAAUAUUGAACGUGAAGCGGCUAUCGAACGUUCGCGCCAGAAAAGACGUAUGGCUAGUCAAAGCUCAGCACCAUCGGAAAGCGAAGGUGGUAGCGUACCGUCGGGUUAUGGAUCAGUUAGAGUGAUGAAUGCAUAUGAAAAUGAUUCAUAUCCUGAAUGGGAUCAAUCUGUUCGUGGCAGCUUUGGAUUACAAAAGAAUAAUGAUGAUCCAGUAGAUCGAGUUGGGGAAUGCUGGGGUGUUGUGGGUGGAUACGAUGUAUCUACUCGACGUGAUGAGCAGGAAACAUUACAGCGAAUCGAAUUUCGAAUGCUGAAACGCCCGGAAAGUAAGGGAGAUAUCGCACAGCAAUUAUCCCAAAUGGGUGUACAAGACAGUGACACACAUGAUGAAGAUGAAGAAUUACAACUAACAAAACUUUCGAGGCCAGCAGCAAAAGUCGUGAAAAGAAUGGCUCCUGGAACUAUUCUACCGAUCGAAAGAGGAAUUAAUCAGUCCUCUGAAACAGCUAACCCACAAACACAACGCAAACCGACACAGCAACAAAAAAAUAUUGACAAGAGGAGUUGCGAUUCACGUAUUCAGGGACACCAGCAAAAGGCACUGUUUCAUCAUGAGAUUGAUGGCAAUUCGUCGAAUGAAUGGGUGACUCAAAAACAAAAAACUUCGUUGGAUAGUAUGUCACAACAGUCACAUACAACAACAAAAACACGGGAAGAAGGAGUCGAGGGUGCCAUAAAAGCACAGUCAGUGUUAAUUGCACCACCACCGGCAGAUAACGUUUGGGAAAAACGAGCAGAGGAACGCGAAAGUGCUGAAAGAGAACGUGCGGCACAGCAGGAUACCUUAAAUCAAAUGCGUUUACAGCAACAGUUCCCUGCAGUAAAUGAACAAUCAGGUGUAAGUGCAAACGAACCAUUUGAUGAAAAUUUGUCGGUAGGACGCUCCGAAAUCUCUUAUUCAGGGAAUGAGCAGCAAAAUGGUCGAAAAACUGGUAAUAGAAGUCGAAAUCGAGAUGCGCAUAAGUGGGUGGAGAAGAAAUACAACUACGGUCAGCAGCAUGAUGGAUUUUGCGUUCCAGAUCAUUAUGCAGCUGAAGAAGAGGAAGAUGGAAAUGUAGGGACAGAUGGAAAUGGUGGACUUUUCCACGGUCAGCGUGAAUUUGUGAAUUCUCGAGUUCAUCGUUCCGGGCGCGGUUCAUCAUUAAUAAAUUCUCGUGGUAACAGAAGCUAUGGUUGCGGUGGCUUCUUGGGAAUACGUCGUGGUGGCAGUAUGCCACAUCAACAUCUUGGUACUGGACAAGCACAUCGAGUUCAAAAUAGGUGUGAGCGAAAUCAGCGCCGUGGGAAAUGUCAAGAACCUCAGGAAGAUAAUUUCUCGAAUAUGGGCGAAUUUCGUGUUGAGGAUACUUAUGUGAAUGUACCAUCCGUUAAAGAACCAUUAACAGAAAAAAAAACAGAGGAAGAUAAGGUUUUUAGUGCUGUAGGUGUACUGCCGGAUCAGGAACGUCAUAUGCAGAAUAGAAAUAUCACUCGUCAGAGUGGUUCUCAUCGUAAUGCACAGCAGUUAUAUGAGCCAAAGAAACGUCAAGAAUAUAGUCGCACUGGAAGAAGAGGUGCUCGCAUCGGUUCAGCAAAAAUUAAUUCUCAGCGCACUAGUGAUGUCCGAGCAACAGGUGCCUAUCAAAAUUCACCCGAAAAGGGAAAACGGAAAAAGGCUAAUGAAGAGCAUAAAGUGGUAGGUGAUGGAAGUUCAUCUCGAACUCAUGGUGAUGGGUCGUACAGACGGGGUGGGAUUCGAGGAGCACACAACAUGCGUCGACGUAGGCAUUCUGGUGGCGUACGUCAAGAUAGCGGUCAUGGUAAUGGUCAAUCAUGUUGUGGGGGUGCUGAGCGUGCACCUCAGUUAAAAUCACCGGUUACUUCAGAAGGACAUGAAGAAUGGGAAACAGCUUCCGAAAGUAGCGAUUUCGCAGACCGACAAAAACAAGUACGGCGUCAGAAUGCUCCAUCGAAGUAUAGUAACUCACGCAGAACUAUUCGCUCCAGCAAUGGACGUCGUGAAGGCGGUACCGGAGCUGUGCUCAAUCGUAAUACUAAUAGUUCAAAAAACGUGAAACCCGCCAGCACUACGUCGCACGUGGCCACCCGCGGUGCCCAGUUAGCAAAGGAGCAGGAAACAGCGCCGAUAACACAGGGUGAAGCAGCACGAAGAUCUGAUACCUGCAAAGACGGGCUGGCGGGAGUAGACAUCAACAAUGCAGGUGUAAUCGUGAUUGAUGAUCGUCCAGAUGAACAAGUGGAUGAUGCUAUGGAGAAUAAUGAUGAUUUCGAAGAAGUAUUAUCUAAGAAAAGUAGGAAACUGCGACAGCAACAAAUCAAUGAACAGUUAGAAGCAGAAGAACGUCGAAAAAUUAAGGAAAAGGAGAAAAUGGAGCGACGGAAAGCGCGAGUGCAAGCAAAGCGAAUAGGAAAAAAAUCAUCAACAAAGAAUGAUCGUAUUGGUCCAAACGGUGCUAAUUUAGUUAAUGAGGUUGCUACGAAAGCGAAUACCAUGAAUACAAGUAAUAAUGGAGUGAGAGAUGCUGGUAGUGGUGUGAGUCGUCCAAUUUUAACAAAUGCACAGAAUACCCUCAACACUACUGUUUGGAACAGCUCGAUUGUUCGUGAACAAUCAACAGACCCAUCACCACCAGUUGAAAAUCGUCCGGUAAUACCAUCACCAAUAGCUCGUCCUACACCAAAAGUGAGCACCUCUUCUGGCUCGGGAGUAAAUGCUUCGGUGAAAAAGGAAGUUGACUUAUGGACAGGAGCGGAAGGAGAACAACAGCUUCAUACUGCACGAAAGCUUUCGGAUGGCACGGUGAAAAAGAGCAAUGCAGAAUUUACGACGAAUUUUAACACUGGUACUACAACUCGUGGAGAAAAUGGACAAUAUCAAUUUACAUUUGAUCCUUCCUUACAAGACAAUACGCAGAGCUUGAAAGGGUCAUCAAAAGAAACGUUAGUAGCGAAACAUGAUGGUGCUGUCGCACUUGAAGCAAACGAUGAUGAAUGUCUGAAGCAAAGACUAGAUAAAGUAAAAGAUUUUUGGCAUGGACAGCAACAAUUUGCAAAUAAUUUACUUGGAAAUGGUAACGAAAAUACAACAAUUGCACCACUGGCUGCUGAAAAAAGUGGAUCUACUAAUGUUGGAGUUUCAUCAGUAUCACAUGGUCCAAAUGUUGCGAAAGUAAGACCACAGCCUCAGGCAAGUGAGCAAGUUGCAAACAGUGCCACAGUAAACUUGAAAGAAGCGAAUUCGUCUACUCCGUUUGUUCCGCUGCUUCCACCACCUUCUCCUAUUGCAUGCUUACCACCAGGGGCAUAUAUUGGUGUAAUUUUCUGCCUAUUUGCAUUUCAGUUGACCAAAAGAAUAAUUACAGGAGCUUAUCUACAGUCUCUUACGCAAGUUCCACCACCGGCACCAUUUCCUCAUUAUUCAAUGGUAUUUAGCGAACCAUAUAACCCUAAUUCGUCGACUACUUCUGGUCAGACGCUAAUUGGUAAUGCCAUCCCAUCAAAUCAAACUCAGACAACACGCUCGCGACCUGGUUCAUUUGUCGAGCAGUCGCAGCUCUUCAUUCAUCCUCCUCCCAAUGGUGCAGCAGGGAAUAGUAUGACUUGGUCGAAUGCUAAUCCGCAAAUUGAGUUACUGGCCGGUAUCAACGCCACACCUUCGCUUGCAUCGCAGUCCGUCAGUACUGUGCAACGUUUCCAAGUUAGUUCGCCUCGGUCUGCUUCCGCAUUUGGUCCAGUGCCGUCGGUUUUGAGCAGUAACGCUAAAAUCCCACAUCUGGGACGACCACCACCUCAUCAUCAGGUUCCUCCACCACUACACCCUCCACAUAAUUUCAUGGCUCCUCCUCCAGAUUUUGUUUCUUUACAAGGCACUAGUUUGGGUGCUGUAGGUAGUCAACGCAGUGGCGAAACUCAGAGUACAAUUAAUAAUCCAUUGGCCAGAAAUACGAAUACUAUGGGACAAAUUCCGCACUUGCAACAGCCUUUAAACUUUUCUCAAGCGUCCCAAACUGGUUACUCUAUGUCGGCUGCUGCUACUUUUAAUCAGGCACCACAACUUCAUGCAUUCACAGCUCCACCACCACCAAUACGCUAUCCGGCUGUUCCACAACUUGCCACUAAUGAUGCGAAUGGCAUUAUGACAGCUGCUUGGACAAGAGCUCCUGCACUUCCUUUCAAAUAUACAAAUGGUGCUGUUCUUCCAGCAAAUCGUACUGCGCUGUCACGUUAUCAGUCAUCGGAUCGUUGGACAGUUCCAGUAAGCCUUUCAGUGCAGUAUCACGGUGCACAAAAUUAUCAGCAUCAGAAUGCUAGUAAAGACGGUAGUGAUACAGUUAUUCAUGGAAAUAUUGAUCGCUUUCAAGGGGCACACGUGAACAGUACUCGUGGCCCGACACCGGAAGAAAGUGUUCGUGCAAGUUCUGUGUCUAGUGUUUCGGCUCCCGGCCCUACAACUGAACCAUUGGAUAGUUCAAAUCGACAAAAAAAAACAGCUAAAGUUUAA